AUGGAUCAAGAGCAGGAGAGAAACAUUUCCAGGCUAUGGAGAGCUUUUAAAACGGUGAAGGAAAUGGUUAGGGACCGUGGAUAUUUCAUUACCCAGGAGGAAAUAGAUUUGAGUUUAGAAGAUUUUAAGGCUAAAUACUGUGAUUCUAUGGGCAAGCCACAACGUAAGAUGAUGUCUUUCCAGUCCAAUCCAACCGAAGAAUCAAUAGAAAAAUUUCCUGAGAUGGGUUCAUUAUGGGUGGAAUUCUGUGAUGAAGCAUCUGUUGGUGUGAAGACGAUGAAGAAUUUUGUGGUUCAUAUUACGGAAAAGAACUUCCAAACUGGUAUAUUCAUCUAUCAAAGUGGUAUUACUCCAAGUGCAAACAAGAUUUUACCAACUGCAGCACCAGCAGUCAUCGAGACUUUCCCAGAAGCAUCUUUGGUUGUCAAUAUUACACAUCACGAACUAGUCCCAAAGCAUAUCAGGUUAAGUGAGGCUGAAAAGAAGGAAUUAUUAAAAAGAUAUAGAUUAAAGGAAUCUCAAUUGCCUAGAAUCCAAAGAAUGGACCCAGUAGCAUUAUACCUUGGUUUGAAAAGAGGCGAGGUUAUAAAAAUUAUUAGAAAGUCUGAAACUUCUGGACGUUACGCAAGUUACAGAAUCUGUUUAUAA